AUGGACGCACUGUUGGCCAAGCUCGGGUCUCAUGCGGUCAACUACGCCAUCAGAUCAGGCAUCGCAAUCACUUCCACCUACGCCGUCAACCAGUGCUCGAGGCUGCUCAAGACGGUCGACGACAAAGGAGUGUACACCGAGCUCAAGAAGCUGCAGAAGCUUCUGGAUAGUAAGAUCAAGAUUGUUUCACCAGCAAUCGACCUGAUCGAGUUCAAGUAUGCCCAACCUACCUCUCUCCUUACUUACCUUGUCCUUGACCCUUACAAGAAUGCUGCUGUGCCUCUUGCCAAGUCUCUCCAUCGAGACAUCAUUUCUUUCGGAAAGCGCCUAAACGAUGCUGCUACUGCCGAAGAGAGCUCCCGCUCCGAUGGCAAGAAAGCCCGGAUGUCGGAAGCUCACCAUGUUGAGCUGCUAACCAUUAUCAAGGAGAUGAAGGAACUACUGGCCCGCAUAGACAGAGAGAUUCCUCUGAUCCAGCUCGCCAUCACUGCCUCUGGAGAGAGGAUGAACACGACAGUGAACGCUGGCAUCUCUCCGUCGAGACUGAUGCAGGCGAGUGCCUUCUUGUCAUUCGGGGACUCACACUUUGUGAACAACCCUAACCGAGCAGUCCCCAUUGGGCCUUCUUUCACAUUAUCUCUUUACAUGCUCUUCCGCGGUCAUUCCAAGCUGAAAAGUGCCAGUUCCGUUCCUGCCACUCCUAGCACUGGAGGCAAGACAUGGACCAGGGAGCCAUCAUAUGGUGUUGGCGAAGGUGAACGGAAACCCAUCUGGCAGGAGGUGGUGCACAAGGCUCGUGUACGGCUGGUUCGCACACCGCUAGGCUGGAAGUUUGACAAGACUCGCGGAUACUGCCCCGGUGAGUCUUCUGAUGGACCCGUAAACGGGUACUCUGCUGCCGUUGAUUCGGCCCUUUCGAUGCUUGGCCGCCCAGACGAGUAUGCCUAUCACUUGGAGAUCAUUGAAGAUCUCGACGACGGACGUGUACACGAUGAUGAUGCCGCAGGUGAGCCAUUCGACGGCAUCGAUAUGGCUGGAAUUCGAGACUCCAUUCCCAUACAUCAAGUUUCCAAGAUUUUCUACACCGACACAGGGCGACUCCUGAACAUCGGUAAUGCUGAGGAGGGCGACAACAACCCGGUGCUAUUACUGAAGAGAGACCUUCAUGCCCCAAAUCCGAUCGAGCUCAAACGCCAAUGGUACGCCGAUCCGGAGCAGGCGGAGGCCUCAGAAGGAGAAACAGCAUACGACACGGCCGCCGAAGAUGAUGAACAAGCCGAUAUCGAUGCACAACUGCUGGCAGAGACCAAGUCUACUGAACUUGCGACCGCGGCAGAAGAAGGUCGAUUAAGGAAAGCGUUAGGGCUGCCAUCACAUCUAGACCCUGAAUGGCUCGCCCUGGAGGUCUUUGUCGAGAGUGAUGACGAGUCUGACGACGAUGAUGAUGGUGAUGAUAAGUCCAGCAUCCAGUCUUUCAAAUCAGCUACACCACGCGACAAGGUAGUCGACUCGAAACUCAUUGAUCAAAUUCGCAACGUCUCCCUACAACCAUACCCAAACACGCCUCCGAACCAACGGAAAUACGUCCCAUCGCCUUUGUCAUCAACAUCAUCUUUACCAGCAGGAGGAGCGAAUGGCAAGCAGCUGUUCCAGACACCAACACAAGUGCAAGGGGCUCAAAAGGAACCCAACAGCAUGGACUCGUUCGUGGCCAGGUCACCAUUCGGUGCCAUCACUUCGUCACUAUCGCUCAUGGAAAUGUUGAUACGACUAUGCAGCCUGCAGGAGUUCCAGCAGACGUCACACCUGUCGAUUCCAGAUCACAUUCUUACCUUUUUCUUGGAGGAGACGUCGACGACCGGGCUACGGGGUGAGGAAAAGUGGGAUAUACGGAACGAGGCGAAGAGGCGUAUGGGUUUUGAUCCUUAUACUGACACGCCUACCAAGUCGACUUAAUCUGAUGAGGGACGGAACCAAGGAGAAAAGGGGCGAUAGUGACAGCAUCUUGAGACGAAAAAUAGAGGAUGCCUCCUUUAAAGUCUCUGUACAACAAAGAUCUUUAUACUUGAUAACCGCAUAUACAAACCAUCUACACACUCGAGUACCGUUCAUCCUCGAUUUCGAAGACCCGUCCUGUGAUCCAUCAUCUUCCUUUACCAACCCCUCUCACCCAACCUCUCACUCCCUCCCCUCAAAAGACAUCUUCCCCAACCCAACCAACUCGGCCACCCGUCUCCCCAACCCCAUAAACACCUCAGCUUCCUUCCCCCCAGGCUCACUAACCACCGUCGGCUUUCCCCUCCCGCCAUCCU